CCCAGAUCUCCUCCUGCCAUCACUUUUCUGACAAUUGCUGCUGCUUUCUCGGCGACAGAAUAGGCAGAGGCAACUAGGCGCAUCAACAAAGCUGGAGAAGCCAUAAUGAAUGCUGAAGGAAGAAAAAGCAAUCUUAAAUGUGGCUUUUCAGAAUUAUAUUCAUGGCAAAGGCAAAGGAAAACGAAGAAGGAAUUUUGUCUUCAUGAUGGACCACCAUAUGCCAAUGGAGACCCUCAUGUUGGUCAUGCAUUGAAUAAAAUUUUGAAAGACAUUACUAAUCGGUUCCAUAUGAUGAGAGGCUACAAGGUGCAUUAUGUACCAGGCUGGGAUUGUCAUGGGUUGCCUGUCGAAAUGAAAGCUUUGUCAGAACUCCAAGUUCAAGAUCUUUCUGCCAUGGAAAUAAGGCAAAAAGCCAGAAAAUUUGCAGAAAGGGCAAUUGAGAAACAGAAAUCUGCCUUCAUCCGCUGGGGCAUAAUGGCAGAUUGGGCCAAUUGCUACUACACAUUUGAUGGGAAAUACGAAGCCAAACAACUAGGCAUCUUUCAAAAAAUGUAUGAGAAGGAUUAUAUUUAUCAAGACUACAAACCUGUGUUUUGGUCUCCUUCAGCAAAUACAGCCUUGGCUGAAGGUGAACUUGAGUACAAUGAGCAGCACAUCAGUCGUUCUGUAUAUAUCAAAUUUCCAUUGUUGAAAUCUCCUCCUAAACUAGCCUCUGUGAUGGAUGGAUUAUCCAAGGUUAGUUUGCUUGUCUGGACCACUCAGCCCUGGACAGUUCCAGCCAAUCAAGCUGUUUGUUAUAUACCAAAUUCAGAGUAUUCUGUUGUGAAAUGUACAAAUACCGGUGAAUGUUAUAUCCUGGUUGCAGAUAGAGUUGAAUCUCUGGCUGCCAUCUUGGACAUGCAGGUUGAAGUUAUUUCAACAUUCAAAGGUAUAGAUUUGGAGGGUGGUUCUUGUGCUCAUCCAACAAUUCCUGGGAGAGACUCUCCACUAUUACCUGCAGAUCAUGUGACAAUGGCAAAAGGAACAGGAUUAGUUCACACAGCCCCAGCUCAUGGUAUGGAAGAUUACAGUGUAGCUUCCCACCACCAACUGCCCAUGGAUUGUCUUGUUGAUGAAGGUGGCUUUUUUACGGAAGCUGCAGGUUCUGAACUUCAGAACAAGGCUGUACUUGAAGAAGGAAAUGAAGCUGUUAUUCAGAUGCUUCAAGCAGCAAAGAGUUUAUUAAAAGAGGAGAGAUAUGUACAUAGCUAUCCAUAUGACUGGAGGACUAAGAAACCUGUGAUUAUUCGUGCCAGCAAACAGUGGUUUGUAAAUACAGCAAAUAUCAAGGCUACCACCCAGGAAGUGUUAAAAAAAGUGAAAUUUGUUCCUGCAUCAGCAGAGAAGAGAAUGCUAGAAAUGCUGGACAGACGGACAUUUUGGUGUAUAUCAAGACAAAGGUGUUGGGGUGUUCCAAUUCCAGUGUUCUAUCAUAAGACAACAGGAGAAUCCCUCAUAAAUAGUAAAACCAUUGGGAACGUUAUUAGAAUAGUGGAGCAGCAAGGAAGUGAUGCAUGGUGGACCCUCCCUGUCGAGCAGCUUCUACCAAGAGAGGCUGUAGCAAAGGUUGGUAACCACAAUGCACUGGAUUAUGUAAAGGGACAGGACAUUCUGGAUAUUUGGUUUGAUAGUGGAACUUCGUGGGCUCAUGUGUUGGAAGAUGCAGAUCAACAAGCAGACUUGUACUUGGAAGGAAAAGACCAAUUGGGAGGCUGGUUUCAGUCCUCUGUCUUGACUAGUGUGGCAACAAGAAAAAAAGCACCUUAUAAGACUCUGAUGAUUCAUGGAUUCACCCUGGGUGAAAAAGGAGAAAAGAUGUCUAAAUCUAUUGGCAAUGUGGUUGACCCUGAUGUAGUAAUCAAUGGAGGACAAGACCACAGUAAGGAGCCUCCAUAUGGUGCAGAUGUUCUUCGUUGGUGGGUGGCAGAGUCAAAUGUCUUCACUGAAGUGCUGAUUGGACCAGCUGUACUAAAUGCUGCAAGAGAUGAUAUCAACAAGCUUCGGAAUACGUUACGCUUCCUGCUGGGAAACGUGGCUGGCUUCAGUCCAGAAACCGACUCCGUGCCUGCUUCAGAGAUGUAUGUAAUAGAUCAGUACAUGCUACACUUACUGCAGGAUUAUAGCAACAAGGUCACAGAAGCAUACAAGGAAUAUGAUUAUAGCAGGGUUAUUCGGCUGUUGCAAGCUUUCCACACUAGGGACUUGUCCAACUUUUACUUCAGUAUAAUCAAAGACCGGCUCUACUGUGAAGAGGAGAAGAGCCUUAAACGCCGUUCCUGUCAGACUGUCCUAGCGGAGGUUCUUGAUGCAGUAGUGCGGUCUGUUGCACCAAUCCUCCCUCAUCUGGCAGAGGAGGUUUUCCAACACUUCCCCUACAAGAUGGGUACAGAGUCAGAGAGCGUCUUUCGUACUGGCUGGAUCAACACAAGUUCAGUGUGGAAGAAACCUGGCCUUGAAGAAGCAGUGGAGGGCGCAUGUGCCAUAAGAGACUCUUUCCUUGGCUCUAUCCCUGGCAAGAAUGCUUUGGAACACGAGGUCGUCAUUGUAAUUGAGCCGGGGCUAUUUUUUGAGCUAAUGGAGGCAUUGCAGCCUGAAGAAUCUUCCAGUAUCUCACAGCUGAAUGAAAUCAUGAUGGCUUCAAAGACAACUCUACUAACAAAACUACCCAAAGAAAUGGCUUCAGAGGAAAAGAUCAUUGAAGGGAGCUUCUUGAUCAAUUUAGAAGGUGGUGAUAUAUGUGAAGAGUCUUCCUACAAAGUUAUUGUUCAACCAUCUGCCAGAGCAAAAUGCCCUCGCUGUAGGCGAUACACCUCUGAUUCUACACUCACAAUAUGUCCACGCUGCACGGAAGUCAUUGCUCGAAAUGGAAAGGAAGUUGUGUAGAUUAAUUCCAGUUGGAUGACUGU